AUGACCGUCGCCGAAGAUUUCUUCUUUUCAGGCCUGGAUAAGCCAGGAAACACAUCAAAUGCAGUAGCCUCAAAUGUCACUACUGUAAAUGUUGAACAAAUAAAGGGACUCAACACUCUUGGCAUAUCCAUGGUUCGUAUUGACUAUGAACCAUAUGGCCAAAAUCCUCCUCACACUCACCCUCGUGCCACCGAGAUCCUAACUGUCUUGGAGGGAACCCUCUACGUUGGGUUUGUCACAUCCAACACCGAAAACCGAUUCAUUAGCAAAGUCCUCAACAAGGGGGAUGUUUUUGUGUUUCCUAUUGGUCUCAUUCACUUCCAACUCAAUGUUGGGAAGACUAAGGCAGUAGCCAUUGCUGCUCUAAGCAGCCAAAAUCCAGGUGUUAUCACCAUAGCCAAAGCAGUAUUUGGAUCAGAUCCACCCAUCAAUCCUGAUGUUCUCACAAGGGCCUUCCAGUUGGACAAGAGCGUGGUUAAGUACCUUCAGUCACGGUUCUGAUGGGACAACAACUAAGAAACUAUAUACA